CGCCGCGGCCAUGGCGGCCAGCGCGAAGCGGAAGCAGGAGGAGAAGCACCUGAAGAUGCUGCGGGACAUGACCGGCCUCGCGCACAACCGCAAGUGCUUCGACUGCGACCAGCGGGGCCCCACCUACGUGAACAUGACCGUGGGUUCCUUCGUGUGCACCUCCUGCUCGGGCAGCCUGCGAGGUUUAAAUCCACCACAUAGGGUGAAAUCCAUCUCUAUGACGACAUUCACACAACAGGAAAUUGAAUUUCUCCAAAAACAUGGAAAUGAGGUGUGUAAACAAAUUUGGCUAGGAUUAUUUGAUGAUAGAUCUUCAGCAAUUCCAGACUUUAGGGAUCCACAAAAAGUGAAAGAGUUUCUACAAGAAAAAUAUGAAAAGAAAAGAUGGUAUGUUCCUCCUGAACAAGCGAAAGUUGUGGCAUCUGUCCAUGCAUCUAUAUCCGGGUCUUCAGCUAGUAGUACAAGCAGCACACCUGAGGUAAAACCACUUAAAUCUCUCUUAGGAGAGACAGCACCAGCCCUGCACUUGAAUAAGGGCACACCCAGCCAAUCCCCUGUUGUAGUUCGCUCUCAAGGACAACAGCAGCCAGAAAAAAAGCAAUUUGACCUCCUGAGUGACCUUGGCUCAGACAUCUUUGCUGCUCCAACUCCACAGUCAACUGCUACAGCAAAUUUUGCUAACUUUGCACAUUUCAACAGUCAUACAGCUCAGAAUUCUGCAAAUGCAGAUUUUGCAAACUUUGAUGCAUUUGGACAGUCUAGUGGUUCGAGUAAUUUUGGAGGUUUCCCCACAGCAAGUCACUCUCCUUUUCAGCCCCAACCUACAGGUGGAAGUGUGGGAUCAGUAAAUGCUAAUUUUGCCCAUUUUGAUAACUUCCCCAAAUCCUCCAGUGCUGAUUUUGGAGCCUUCAGUUCUUCCCAGAGCCAUCAAACUACAACAGCCAUCAAUAAAGUUGUACCGAAAAAAGCUAAUCUUCAGACAACUGACAAAUAUGCGGCACUUGCUAAUUUAGACAAUAUCUUCAGUGCUGGGCAAGGUGGUGACCAAGGAAGUGGCUUCGGCACAGUAGUUAAAGCUCCAACAGGCGCUACCGUUUCAACGCCAAGUCAGUCGACCGUAUCGUCAGACAAGUAUGCAGCUCUAGCAGAAUUAGACAGUGUUUUCAGCUCAACAGCAACCUCUAGUAAUGCAUAUACUUCUACCAGUAAUGUUAGCAGCAAUGUUUUUGGAACAGUACCAGUAGGUGCUGCUACACAGACACAACCUGCAUCUUCAAGUGUGCCUGCUCCAUUUGGAGCUACACCUUCCACAAAUCCAUUUGUUGCUACUCCUGGUCCUUCUGUGGCGUCAUCUACAAACCCAUUCCAGACUAACGCCAGAGGAGCAACAGCGGCAACAUUUGGAACAGCAUCCAUGAGUAUGCCAACAGGAUUUGGAACGCCUGCCUCCUACAGUCUUCCGACUAGCUUUAGUGGCAGUUUCCAGCAGCCUGCUUUCCCAGCCCAAGCAGCUUUUCCUCAACAAACAGCUUUUUCUCAGCAGCCCAAUGGUGCAGGUUUUGCAGCAUUUGGACAAAGUAAACCUGUGGUGACCCCUUUUGGUCAAGUGGCAGCUGCUGGAGUGUCUAGUAAUCCUUUCAUGGCUGGUGCACCAACGGGACAGUUUCCUACAGGAAGUUCAUCAACCAACCCUUUCUUAUAGCCUUAGAGACACUUUACUGGAACGGACUUUAUUGUGGUCAUCUAACAUCUCUCCGCCUCUUGCACUGUUGUCUCAUUUCACUGAUUUAUCUUUAAACACAAGAGAAGUCUUUAAAAAGCCUGCAUUGUGUAUUAAACACCAGGUAAAAUGUGCAAAACAGAGGGCUCUGGCAACAUCUUUUAAUAUGUGAAUUGGCAGAAAAGGUAGCGGUAUCAUGUAUAGUAAAAUUGGCUAAUAAGUUAUUGCAGAUACCACGUUCAUUAUGCUGCAGUACUGUACAUAUUUUUUUUCUUAGAAAUUAGCUAUUUGUGCAUAUCAGUAUUUGUAACUUUAACACAUUGUUAUGUGAGAAUUGUUACUGGAGAAAUAGAUCAGCCACUUUAAGGUGCUGUCAUAUCUCUUGGAAUGAAUGAACUAAAUCAUUUUAUCCAUUGCUACUGGAAGUUAUGAAGUCAAGAUUGGAAGGUUUUGUUCAUUCUUCAGUUUUUUUUUCUUUCCUAAAGAGCUCUUCUAUUUAUACAUGCUUAAGUUCUUUAAAAUGUAGAGGGUUACCUGUCUGCAUAAUAAAGCUGAUCAUGUUUUGCUACAGUUUGCAGGUGAAAAAAAUAAAUAUUAGAAAAUAUGCUAUUGUUUCUGUGUUCUUGCUGCAAUGCCUUUACCAAAGUGGCCUUAAAUGUGAAUAGGUAAAUGGGAACAUCUUGAAUCAAAUUUUUAAAAGAUUUCUCGUGGCUAACCUUUAUGAUAAAAAUUUAUAAAGAUUAUGGGAAGGCCAUGUGGAAAAUUUAUUUAAAAAAGAAAACUAUUACAGUUAUAUUCAGGAAUGUCAGUGGUAAAGCAUUUAUAUGCAGCUGGUCAAAAUCACCUUAAUUCUGGUUUCUUGACAGGUUAUGUGUUAGCAAUUUGUUUUAAAAAUUGCAUGUAUAUGUAGUUAUCCAAGCCUUAUUAGUAUUUAAUCAUGAAACAUAAGAAGAAAGCACAGGGCCUAUUUCAAUAUUUUUUGUUUUUUAAGAAUUAUCUUUGAAUGUGUUUGAAAUAUACAUUAUCUGUUUGACUUGGUUACACUUUCAUUUCAGCAAAUUAGAUUAGUAUUGUCAGAAGGAAAUCUUUUUAUGUUUAGUAUCUGGAGCAAGAAAAACAGAAUGUUCAACAGCUGACCAGUGUGCAAAAUUCCUUGUUACAGGAAAGCCAACGAUGUUAAUGUUUGGUGGGUGCUUAACAUUAACAUUCAAGUGAAUGCAUAUUAGAUAAUGUACAGUAAUGCCUCACUCAUCUGGAAGUCAUUUAUCUGGCCAUUUCAGUUAUCUUGUACAUAGCUGAGAACCUUGGAAUAAAAAAAUAUACCUCUUAGCACCACUAUA